CCUCAGUCGCGGCGCGGCCUCCGUUUGUGUCAUGUGGCCUCUGUGCCGGUGUUUGUGCGUGUGCGUGCUACUCGCCGUCUACUGUGGCUAUACUUGUGCUCAAACUAUCUGUCCGCCGAGAUGUCUCUGCUUCAGGACGACUGUCCGGUGUAUGUUCCUCUCUCUGGACAGGGUUCCUGAGGUACCGCCGGACACGACUAUUCUAGACUUAAGAUUCAAUAAAAUAAAAGACAUCGUACCAGGCACGUUUAGAAACCUCCACAGUCUCAACACACUGUAA